AUGGAGACAUUGGGAUUUGGGGUGCGCAAGGGACACCCCGAAGCCCCGAUCCCGCUGUUCCCGGAAUCCCUGGAUGCCGCUGCCGAGCCCUCCGCCCUGGUUGCCGGCGCAUCCGGCGGGGAAUGGGAUGACGGGACCUUCCUGUUCCCGGCCCCGCGCCCGCCCCGCGCCCGGGGGACACCCCCGCCACGAGCCCCCCGCAGCCCCGAGCCCGACGGGACCCCCGGAGCCUCCCCCGGCGCCCUCCGGAACGCCCCCGGCCCCUCCCGCGCCGCGGAGCCGCCGAGGGCCCUCCUUGACGCUGCAGUCCCCACAGGAGCCCUCAUGGAGCAGGACGAGCCAGACGUGGUGGAGCUGCAGGACUCGGAUGAGGGGGACGUGGUCCGGAGGGUCUUCAUUGCCGAUGACGGCAUCGUGAGCGACGGCGAGGCCGAGGUGCUGCCGCACGAGAUCAUCCGCACGGUGAUCCCGCACGGCCCCCUGUGCCCCCCGCCGCCCCGCGGGACCCCCGCCCCGGCCCCGGGGGGCUCCGAGGAGGGCGGGGGGCGGCGGGGCGCGGGCCGCCAGCGCCCCUUCAUCUGCAACGAGUGCGGCAAGAGCUUCAGCCACUGGUCCAAGCUGCUGCGGCACCAGCGCACACACACGGGCGAGCGGCCCAGCACCUGCGGCGAGUGUGGCAAGAGCUUCUCGCAGAACUCGCACCUGGUGCAGCACCGCCGCACCCACACCGGGGAGAAGCCGUACAGGUGCGGCCACUGCGGCAAGAGCUUCUCCUGGAGCUCCAACCUCAUCCAGCACCAGCGCAUUCACACCGGGGAGCGCCCGUACGGCUGCGCUGAGUGCGGCAAGAGCUUCACGCAGAGCAAGAACCUCAUCAAGCACCAGCGCACCCACGCCGGGCCAGGGGCAGCGCGGCCGCGGCGCUGCGCCCACCCUGCAGGUGCCCCAAGGGCGCUGAAGGGGCCUCGGGCGGGGGGCGAGGGCGAGGGGCCCGCGGGGGCCUCGGGCGGCUGCGGGCAGGAGCCGCUGAUCUGCGUGGAGUGCGGGGAGAGCUUUGCCCGGAGCGCCGCGCUCAGGAGGCACCGCCGGGGACACCGUCCACUCUUCGUGCCCUGAGGGACAGUGGCAGCGGGACAUGGGGACAUGGGGCACUGCCCUUCGCACCCUGAGGGGACACUGGAGAGGGCACAGGGACAGUGGGGCACUGUGCUCACACUGCCAGGGCACCACCUGCUCUUUGUGUCCUGAGGGGCAGGAGGACAGUGGCACUGGAACAUGGGGACAUGGGGCACCACCCGCUCUUUGUGUCCUGAGGGGCAGGGGGACAGUGGCACUGGGACAUGGGGACACGAUAGUUGGGGCACUGGCCACUCUUCAUGCCCUGAGGGGACACCGCGGUGGGGACACAAGGACAGUUGAACAAUGUUCUGGCAGCGUCUGCUCUUGGUGACGCGGGGACACACAGUGGGCCACUCUGGUGGAGGACACGGGGACUGUACCACAGACUGGAGACACAGGGAUUGUUUCAGUGGCAGGAUGUGGUGCUAGAGCUGGGGUCACACGAGUUAUGCCACAGGUGAGGGGACAUGGUGACACCCAGCUGGGGGGACACAGUGCGGGGAACCUGGACUGGGACAAAGACAGCACACGGUGACACUCAGGGUGACACAGAGCUGAUGUCCCCAAGCCCACCUGUGCCCCGUGUCACCCUUGGUGCUGUUCCCCAUCAGUGCCACAUCCCAGAGCUGUAAAUAGGGGAAGGGGGGAGGGACAUGAGGGUGGGACCCUGGGGGAGGGAGGAGGUGACACCAGGACCCCUUGUGGAGUGGGGUGGGGGCACAGAUGGGGCUGGACUCUGAAUAAAGUUGUGUUUUGGGGGGA